UUUUUCAUUUUCACACGCAGAACACUGCACAGUGUUGAUCUGGAAACAGGGCUACGAUUAGGGUUUGUAGGGUUUGCGUGAUCGAAUCAGAAUGGGUGGAUCGGUGAAGGACGUGAAGUCCAAGGCGGAGGUUGAUGCGGUGGUGGGUGGUGGCUCUCCGGUUGUCCUCCACUUUUGGGCGUCGUGGUGCGAAGCUUCUAAGCACAUGGAUCAACUCUUCACUCACUUGGCCACUGAUUUCCCCAAAGCCCAUUUCUUAAGGGUUGAAGCCGAAGAGCAACCUGAGAUAUCCGAGGCGUACUCCGUCUCUGCCGUUCCUUUCUUUGUCUUUUGUAAGGAUGGCAAGACCUUUGAUACAUUGGAGGGAGCUGAUCCGUCAAGCUUAGCCAAUAAGGUUGCCAAACUUGCAGGCUCAAUUAACCCUGGAGAGGCUGCUUCUCCUGCCAGUCUCGGGAUGGCUGCUGGAUCUGCCGUUCUUGAAGCCGUGAAAGAUUUAGCUCAAGUAGAUGCAUCAAAGGAGAAAAAUCUAGUUGAACCAGGGCUUAGUGGUUCUCUUAAGAAGCGAUUGCAGCAACUCGUUGAUUCUCAUCCUGUUUUCCUUUUCAUGAAAGGAACCCCUGAAGAGCCAAAGUGUAAAUUUAGCAGGAAAGUUGUUGAAGUGUUGAAGGAAGAAAAAGUCAAGUUUGGAAGUUUUGAUGUCAUGUCAGAUUCAGAGCUUCGUGAAGGCUUGAAGAAGUUUUCAAAUUGGCCAACAUUUCCUCAGCUUUACUGUAAAGGUGAGCUUCUUGGUGGGUGUGACAUAGCAGUUGCUAUGCAUGAGAAUGGGGAAUUGCGAGAAGUUUUUAAAGAUCAAGGAAUUGAUACCAUUGAUGAAGAAAAAGAAUCAGGAGAUGCCAAAGGCGGGAUAUCUAAAUCUACUAAUUUGAGUACUGGCUUAUCAUCUCGACUGGAAAGUCUGAUAAAUUCUAAUGCAGUUAUGCUCUUUAUGAAGGGAAAACCAGAUGAACCAAAGUGUGGUUUCAGUAGGAAGGUUGUUGAAAUUCUCCAGCAAGAGAGCGUACCCUUUGACAGCUUUGACAUUCUUACUGAUGAAGAAGUCCGUCAAGGGCUUAAGGUUUAUUCAAACUGGUCCAGUUAUCCUCAGCUGUAUAUCAAAGGAGAGCUUAUUGGGGGAUCAGACAUUGUGUUGGAGAUGCAUAAAAGCGGAGAACUUAAGAAAAGUUUACAGGAGAAAGGGAUUCUUCCUGCAGAGAGCAUUCAUGAUCGACUGAAGAAAUUGAUUGCCUCAUCCCCUGUGAUGCUCUUCAUGAAGGGUACCCCAGAUGUACCAAGAUGUGGUUUUAGUUCCAGAGUUGUUGAUGCCCUUCGACAGGAGGGCCUGAAUUUUGGGUUUUUUGAUAUAUUAAGUGAUGAGGAUGUGAGACAGGGAUUGAAGGUAUACUCAAAUUGGCCAACCUAUCCUCAGCUCUACUACAAAAGUGAGCUGAUUGGUGGUCACGACAUUGUGAUGGAGCUGAGAAAUAAUGGGGAGCUGAAGUCGACCUUAUCUGAGUAGGAUUAUUAUGAAUCCAUUCUGGUUGUGUAUUGGUAUUUAGAACAAGUGUGAUUGACAAUCAUAUAUGGCGAUUUUGAUCCUGGUGUCAGGAAUGUGUUUGAUAUCAUUGUAACAAUCUAGAUGGUUACUUUUAUAUACGUCGUCAGUGAUUAUGAAUGCUAGUUUUCUGUCCUGUUGAAAA